CUUCCAAAGAAGGCAGGCUUUUCUCAAUAUCAAAGACUAUUGUGUAAUAUCAUAGUGUGACUAUAGUGUGAGAAAAUUUGAGUGUAUUUAGAAUUUGAGUUCGAGUGUGCUCAAUGUGUGUAUGUGUUUAGUGAAUGUUGUGUCCAAUCUGCUUCUACGAUCGUGACCCAUUGUAAGUUUGGGGACAUUCAAGAAGAAAACAUUCCAACCCCUUGAAGCUAAUUUCUUGUUGCCAAUUUCUUUUUGGAACAUUAGCUUUGGCAAAGGAAAAUUUCAUUAACAGCAUAAAAUUAAGAGUACAGGAAGAUGAGGCGCACCGAGAGAGAUUCGGAAGAGAGAAGACGUCGCUAGGAGCUUCCUAUCAUGUCGAACAGAGCCUAUCCCUCCAUCUCCUUCAAUGUGGCGGGUGCCACCGAGGCCUCAUACAGAGACUUCAUAGGGGAACUGCGAGAAAUCGUGUCACGGGGAACCCGUACAGUAGAUGGUCUACCAGUGCUGAAUCCCGAAAGUAAAGUGCUAGUUGGGAACCGAUUCGUUCUGGUCCGUCUCAUCAAUGGCGACACAGUCACCUUGGCAAUAGAUGUGGUAAACCUUUAUGUGGUGGCUUUUAGUGGUGCAAAUAACAAAUCCUACUUUUUCAAAGACGCUACGACACUUCAACUCAAAAAUUUAUUUGUCGACACCAAACAAACCAAGUUAAGCUACACCAGCAACUAUGACAUCCUUGAGAAGCAGUCAAAGAAGAGGGACCAACUCCCUCUGGGACCAACUCCCCUAGCUGACGCCAUCACAAGAUUGUGGAACGGUCGGAGUGUAGCAGAACCGCUCCUUGUGGUCAUUCAGAUGGUCUCAGAAGUGGCAAGGUUCAAACGCAUUGAGGAACAAGUCCGCAAAAGCAUAACCGGUCGAAACACUUUCACACCAAAAGGUUUGAUAGUGAGCAUGGAGAACGAAUGGUCGCCUAUGUCCAAGCAGGUUCAGCUUUCCAAAGAUGGAGAGCACUUCAUUAAGAGCGUUCAGCUUCAAGAUGACAAUUACAAGCCCCUCAUAGUAAACGACUUUACUACACUCAGUCGCUAUACCAUGGUAGCGAUUCUUCUCGACAAAAGCAGCAGGAGCAAUAUUGCUCUGGCCGAAGACUUCGUCAACGACGAAUUGUUCAACUCUGAAAUUGCUGUAACUACCUAAACACCACAUCUCACCCUUAAAUUGUUCUGUGAACUGGUUUCAGAACAUAAAAUAAACAGUUACCCUUCAUCUUCCUUCACAGAUAAGUCUGCUUUGCAUUUUCGUUUUGGACUCUUUUGUAUUUCUUGAUCAAUGUGGGGGUUAAUAUGAUCCAUUGGCAUAUGGCUUUCUUCUUCUU